GCAUUAUACAAGGCCGUGAUUGGGCUCCAUCUUAGAUGCUGUCAGAUUCUGAUUCAGAAAGCGGAGCAUCUCGUCAACUCCAAAGACUUGUCAUGGCGUACGCCAUUGCAUGACGCAGCCUCAUGGGGGUCCCUCCCGAUUGUCGAGAUGCUCCUACGCCACGAUGCGCAUAUAGAUGCUCAGACUCGCAAGGGUCAGACACCACUUUAUCUCUCAAUCCUUCAAGGCCAUUCUAGUGUUGCAGAGUUGCUAGUCAAGAAAGGUGCAAGCUUACAGAUCAUCAACACGAAUAAGCGAUGGACGGCUUUGCACCUUGCAGCCUGGACAGGAAGUCUUGUGAUUCUAGAAAUGCUCAUCGAAAAUGGGGCAGACGUUGACGCGCAGGAUCGACAAGGGUAUACUGCGCUGCAUGUUGCGCUCCAGGAGGGACAUGGCGGGAUCGUGGACUACCUG